GAACGUCAUAAAGAUUAAUUAUUUGACAUUUAAACCACGUGGUUGUUGCUAGGCAACUGUACAUAUCCACAAAAAGCUUAUCAAGAUUUUAAGGGGAAUAGUUUGAACAGUUCCACGCUUUUUCGUAUGAUUUUAACAAUAUUUAACUAUGACAGACGACGUGAAGCCAGAAGUAAUAAAAAAAACCCAAGAUUUACUUGGAAAAUAUUUUAAAAAGCCACCGUUAACUGAAAAAUUGUUGAGGAAACCACCCUUCAGAUUUAUUCAUGAUAUUAUAUCAAUUAUAAUACAGGAGACCGGUUUCUUAAAAGGUUUGUUCACCGAAGAAGAAUUAAACUCAGACAAUAUAAAAGAUAAGGAGUCCAAAGUUGCGUAUUUAACUAAACUUAUAGAUGUUGUUAAAUUAAUAUCAGGAAAUAAUUUAACAGUAAGAGCAAGUAAAAUAGUUUCCGGACAAGAAGCUACUAAAACCAAUGAACUUUUACAAGCUAUUGGGAAAGCUCUUGAUAAAAAAGUAAACAGUGCAGAGGCAAUUGAACAUUAUAAGAAAGGUUUACAAAAGAAAUCAAAAGGAGCAUCAAAAUUAAAAAUAACUAAAGACGAUGUUGCUAAGAAAUCAACUAGACAAGUAUCGCAAACGAGAAAACCAAUUGAAAAAGAAAAGAAUACGCCUGGAUCACAAAAAAAAAAUUCCAGUACAAAAAAAGUUGGAUCUAAAACGAAUGAAGAAGAUAGUAACAAUAAAAAUAGUGAUGUAAUAAAACAAGAAAGUCAAGAAAAUAAUAUUGAAAAGAGUAAUGAUGACAUAGAUGUUCCACCAACCGAUAAAUUAAACAAACCGUCGCUUGAAGAUGAGCUAGUACAAAAAACAAGACAUUCUUCGGCUAUUAAACAAAAACAGAAUCAUGUAUCUUCCACGGUUCUCACAGAAGUACAAACAGGGAAAUCUCAGACAAAUAUAAAUGCAGAGAAGAAAUCGGAUGAACAUUUUCAAAGAAAAGAAUCCGCAAGUAGGGGGAAACGAACCCUAUCAAAACAAGAAAGUGAGUCUAAGGAAUCAAUAAAAAUGAUAUCGGAGAUAGUACCUACAACAAAAUCAAUAGAAAAUACAGAUAAAGGAAAGUUAAAAACAGAAUCUGAAUCGACAUAUGAAAAUAUAAAUAAUGAUUCGCAGCUAACAGAACUUGAGAAUUCAAUUAGUCAUGCAUCCAAUUUACAGAAGAAUAAAUUUAAUAGUGAACAAGAACCUAGUACAUCUAAAUCGAGAACAUUUUUACGUCCACCUACUGCCAGACCGAGUAGCGCAAGACCCGCUGCUCCUAAAAUGAAAGGAAAAACUGACUUAAUUCCAAAUGAAGAAAUAAGUACGCCUAUAGGAAACAUUACUGUAAUAAUUGAAAAUACAAGUACAAAAGAUAAUGAUAAUGAAGAUAUGGUGAUCGUAGAAAAUAAGGGAAACAUUGGAACAACUUUAGAAAAUAUUAGCAAUUAUAAAAUUGACCAUGAAUUAACUCAAGAACAUGGUCAUCUUGUAGCACAAAUUUUAGAAACUCAAAGAGAAUUGGUCAACACUGAAAAUGUCGAUGUUUUACCAAAGAAAGUUGAUAUUGCAUGGGAGGCAGGUACAAAGCGUGAUCAUGAGGCUGCAAUUAAAGAAAUUGAUAAAUUGCGUGGUACGAUACAAAUGUUAACUCGUACAACGAAUCCUUUAGGAAAAUUGUUGGAUUACUUACAGGAAGAUAUUGAAAUGAUGCAAAAGGAAUUACAUGAUUGGAGAAAUCAGUAUAAUCAACUAAACAAACAGUUGGAAAAGGAACAAAUACGUACACAAGAAAUAAUAGAUCCAAUGGACUUGACUUUAAAAGAAAUUGACAAUAAUAUUCAGGAUCAAUUAAAUAAAAUUUAUCAAGCGAAAGCUAGAAUAAUAAAGAAUAAUCAAAAAAUACAGAGACUAUUAAACGGUGAUAUGUAA